AUGCGCAGCCCAUAUUCUCUUAAGAUCACUGGCCAAGUGAGCCCCGAACCGGAGACUAGCCAGACCCCCGGGUACCCCUUGUCGGCGCGCAGCACGACCUUGGACGGAUGGCGUCUCACAGUGGAAGAGGGUUUGGGACGACUAAAGUGGAAGUAUUUGGCCACGGAGGCAGAGCGAAAUGCGCAACCGCAAGAUAAGACAUCUCGAUUCUUUCUUGACCUUCCCAUAACCGAAGCGCCUGAGCACAAACCUGCUCAGAGGCCCUCUGAAGCCGCCACCAAUGGAGCGUUAUUCCAUAGCCAGCUUCAAGUCAAAGAACUUGGUUGCUGGGCUGCUGACCUCAGCUGCAUCUUCUUCGUAACACCCAUGCUUAUCAUUGCCUGGUACAUUACGCAAGCAACUAUCGAUGAGGCACAGGCCAUCGAGCUCAUCAAUUUCAUCUUCGGCGCGCAGAACCCGGACGGUGGAUGGGCUACGUACGUCGGAGAAGAUACAACCGUCAUGGGGACAAUUUUGGUCUAUGUGGCACUGCGCUUGAUGGGCCUGUCCGCUGAGCACCAGCAACUGAUCAAAGCGAGGCGGUGCCUGCUUGAUAUGGGUGGUGCGGUUUAUCUUCCGGGGUGGGCGAAGUUCUGGCUCGCUCUUCUCGGUCUAUAUAAAUGGGAGGGCACUGAUCCGUAUCCAGUGGAGAUGUGGCUUCUGCCGGAAUGGCUUCCCAUAAGUCCAUGGAAGUGGUUCUUGAUUCCUCGCCAGGUGUACGUUGCUAUGAGCUAUCUAGCUGCGAAGAAGUUUACGAUUCCGACGAAUCCGCUGCUCGAGGAAAUCCGAACCGAGAUCUUUGUCCAGCCAUAUCACUCCAUCGAUUUCAUCGCAUUCCGGGGUGUGACCAUUCUACGCUCCCGUGAGGUGCGGAAGAGCUGGGUACUCAAUUUGGUUAAUUGGCUCCUAGAUAAUAUCUGGUAUCCUUGGUUUCGCCCGGAAGGUCUGGCUGCGACGGGAGAAGAAACGGCCUGGCAUAUAAUUGAGCAGUCGAAUAAGGCGACAAACUCGCUCGGAGCCAUAAGUGUCGAUGGCUUCUUGAACAUGAUCGCCGUAUAUUGUCGAGAAGGCCCUGAUUCCAAAACGCUCCAUCAAAUUCACAACGCCAGCCAGGAAUACCUCUGGUUAGGACCGAAAGGGAUGCAGGUUAUGAGUGUUUCGGGUGGACACGUCUGGGAAACCUCCUUUGCCCUACUAGCAUACGCAGAGUCAGGUCUUGCCAAUCUUCCUGACUUUAGGCCGACCGUCGAGCGUGCGUACAAGUUCCUUGUGGACAAUCAGCACGUCGAGGACUGGAAAGACACCUCUUCUUGUCACUUCUUCAGUCGACUGGGAGGCUGGCCAUUCACAACUCGAUACAAUGGCAUUACCUGUUCGGAUUGUACUGGAGAGGCGCUUAAAGCUAUUUUAAUGCUUGAGAGAAACUCUGAAAUCCCCCGUCUCACAAAUGAACAUACUCGUCGGCUGGCAGUGGAUGAUCUACUAAUAAUUCAGAACCCGAGUGGUGGGUACAGUAGCUUUGAACCCAUUCGGGGGAGCGAGCUGCUCGAACACAUGAACGGCACGGAAAUCUUCCAGGAUGUAAUGGUCGAGUACGACUAUGUGGAGUGUACUUCGUCUUGUAUCACUGCCCUGGCACUGUUCCAAUCCCGCUACCCGACCUAUCGUGCGAUCGAGAUCAAUCGUGCGAUUCACAAAGGUAACAAGUUCAUUCUGAGCCGUCAGCAAUGUGACGGGGGCUGGCUCUCGGCCUGGGGCAUUGCAUUCACAUACGGGACGUUCUUUGCGCUGGAAGCACUAGCAUGUGGUGGGAUGACAUAUGGGAAUCAUGAAGCCGUCAAACGAGGUUGCGAAUUCAUAUUGGGGAAGCAGCAGGCGGAUGGGGGUUGGGGUGAGAAAAUUGAUGUGGGCUUUUCUUCCUAUCCCCAUAUCCUGCAUCCAGAGCCUAUUCGGCGAGGCAUUCGGCUUAUUAUGAGUCGACAAAAUGCUAAGGGUGAAUGGAAACAGGAAAGGGCUGUAGGAAGUGGCAUAGUUACAUGUGAACUUCUAUACCACAAUUAUAUGUAUUCCUUCCCUAUAAGGGCCCUUACAAUGUACAAGGAACGCUUUGGCGAUGAGAUUCUUUUUUAA